AUGUCAUUCCAAGACAAGAAUCCUGAUGAGGAAUAUUCAUUCCCGCAAGCGGAAUUACCGCCUUAUUCCGAUAUUUCAAACACCGUCGAUGAAGAGAAACAAUCAUUUUUAAAUGACGACAAAAAAGAAAAUUAUGAAAAUUCACCAAGCCUUAAAGUUGCACGUAGUUCUGAUAAAUUGAAACGUUUUUGUCAAGUAUUUUCCUUGAUUGGUGUCUUAUAUUUGGUUAAUUUUGUCUAUUUAAACUUCAGUGACUUUCAAAAUGGAUUAAGUCGUUAUAAUUUCAAUUUGGGUUGCAAUAAACCCCCAACAAAACCAUUAGAACAACAUCCAAUUUUCAGAAACUUGAUUGAUAUUGUUGACACCAGUUAUUCAGAAGAAGAAGGUGAAGAUAUUGCAUCUAAAGGUAAACAGAUUAUCAGUGUUACAAAUCCAUUUGUUCCAAAGCCAUUCUACGGAAAAUCCGUGUAUUCAUCCAAGUUGCUCCAUCACAAAUUCGGAAACAGUUGGGGAAAACCAGCAGUUGUUAAUUUCACUGUUCCAACCAAUAUUUCAUUUGAAGCUGUUGUGUUGACUUUACAUACUGAGGUUGAUGGAGUACAAUUUGACAGAUUAGCCAAUUUGUUUGUUGAUGGAGUUCAAGUCUGGAGAACAUCUACUAUUGAACCAAGUGGCCGUAAAAAAUUCAGUGAUUUCAAGAAGGAUAUCAGUAAAUACUCCAAGCUUUUCAAGAAGGAUAAUGUUCAGAUUUUGUUCCAGUUGGAUAACUUGUUGACUGAUAAAUUG